UUGAGUGAUAGAGUUAUGCAUUGAUUGAGUGUUUGUUGUGUUUGUAAGCAAUGGAGUCAUCAGUGGUUGUGAUGGACACCAAUCCCACCACUAAUGCCAUCAACUCUCAGACCACUGCCGCAAACCUCAUGGAAAGGAUCGAAGAGAUCACCGAAGAGAUCGUGUCUGAGAUGAGUGACGCCAUCAGUGAUCACAGCGACAGAUAUGGGUCGCAGUCGCCGAAGAAGCGCCUCAAGACUGAGGCCUCAAUUGGUGACCAUUCAGACGACAAACACAAGCAUUUGGUGAUGAAAGACAAGUUGGAGCACAGGUUGGGAGGCAUCCUAUGCUGUGCCGUAUGUCUCGACCUCCCCAAGAGUGGCAUCUUUCAGUUUUGUUUUAUUCAAAUAAAGUGUACAAAUGGGCACCUGAUGUGCGCCGGAUGUUUCACACACUUGUUGGCGGACGCCCGUUUGCGAGACGAGACGGCCACCUGUCCUAACUGUCGGUGCGUUAUAUCGCGUGAUCUGUGCUCAAGGAAUUUGGCCGUAGAGAAGGCUGUGUGCGAAUUGCCCGGACUCUGUCGCUUCUGCAGCAAAGAGUUGCCGCGCGUUCUCCUCGACAAACAUCAGGUCGACUAUUGCGAGGAACGCAUCGUUCGCUGCACUUUCGCACGAAUCGGCUGUCCCUGGAGUGGACCCUUUCACGAGUCAGGCCCUCACGCGGAGACAUGUAUUCACCCGAACAAAAGUGGUCGCGAAGUUCUGGAUGUAUUGAUCGGUUUGGAUAAAGAGACGAUUGAGGAGAAGAAGUUAUACGACUCUAUCUUUGACUUAUUGUCUUUCGAAAAGAUUACUUUCAAUGACUUGCAGUUAAAGCCGUACCGAACCGAUGAAUACAUUCAUAAACUAUAUUACGAGACCUCGCGAUUCACGGCGUUUAACACCCAAUGGGUAGUGAAGGCCCGAGUGAACGAAGACCAGAGGGACCCGACCCAGUCAUGCGAACGCCAACUUAGCUAUCAAAUUGUGCUCAAAAGCAAACUCACCACUCCUAUGGCCAUUCAUUACGUCAUUCUUAAAGGUCCAUUCGGUGAUAUGAAACUUCAUCCCCGACUCUAUAAACACGAGUUCAACGAAUCUAGUAAUGAAAGCCCGUUUCAAGUAAUAUCAUUGCAUGACUCGCAUGAAUGCAACAAAUUAUUAGCCGCAAAGGUAUGACAAACAUUAUUGCAAACUGUUUUCUACCAAAUACUGAUUGAUUCAUGUAUUUGUCGUCAGGCCAUCAACUUUCGACUAAUUAUGUUUCAAAUGCAGAAAUAGUGGGACACAAACACCCUUUUGUUUCGACCCUUAACUCUAUCCGAUUAUAACCAUUGGUUUGCUUUGAUUUUCAAAUUUUAUUUAAUCGAAAAUAUUAUCGAAAAGUAAUUAAUAUUUAGUUACGUAUAG